AUGGAGGUUUGGAACACAACAAUUGUAACCCACUUCAUCAUCCUGGGCUUCCCAAGGCUCCAGAAGCUGCAUCUCUUGCUCUUUUUUGUGGGCUUGAUCAUCUACCUCAUGACCUUGUCUGGACAUAUUGUCAUCAUCACGAUAGUAUGUCUUGACCUCCGCCUCCACACCCCCAUAUACUUCUUGCUCAGCAACUUCUCCUUCCUGGAAAUCUGGUACACCUCGAACAUUGUUCCCAAGAUGCUGCAGGUCUUCCUGGCCACAGACAGGUCCAUCUCAUAGGCUGGUUGCAUCGCCCAGCUGUACUUCUUCAUCAUCUUGGGUACUGCCGAAUGCUUCAUCCUGGCCAUCAUGGCCUAUGAUCGCUACUUAGCCAUCUGCAACCCACUGCGCUACCCGAUCCUCAUGAACAACAAGGUUUGUUUUCGACUGGCCAUACGCUCUUGGGUAGGUGCCUUUGUUGUCAAUGUUCCACCUCCAAUCUCCCUCUGCAAGCUGCCAUUCUGUGGGCCCCACGAGAUCAACCAUUUCUUCUGCGAUGCCCCACCCUUGCUGAAACUCUCCUGCAGGGACCCCCGCAAAGCCGAAACAGUCAAUUUCAUUGUGGCCACCAGUGUCAUCAUCAGCUCCUUCCUUCUAAUCAUGGUCUCGUACGUUAUCAUCAUCGUGACGAUCCUGCAGAUCCCUUCGGUCCCGGGGCGCCAGAAAGCUUUCUCCACCUGCGGCUCCCACUUGGCUGUGGUGGCCAUCUUCUUUGGCACCCUGAUGUUCAUGUAUGUGCGGCCGACCUCCAGCUACUGCAAAGACUCAGUCAACUACAAGCUGGUGUCCAUGUUCUACACGGUGGUGACGCCCAUGCUCAACCCCAUUAUAUACUGUCUGAGGAACAAGGAGGUUUAA